AGUCUCUCAUCUCACCCUACUCACUCUCUAUCAUCAUCAUGAUAACAUAUCAAGACAAAGUUGAGUUGAAAUGAUAAGGUUGAUAAACUUGUUUCUUUCUUAGUUUUUCUUGGUGAAACCAACGAACGAAAAAAAAACUAAUAUUGUUUAUUGGGUUACACUGAAUUCAUUCAUGAUAAUCAGUAGUUUAUAAAAGUAGAUUAAGUUGAUCAGACCAACAACAACAAAAGAUUGACAAAAAAAAGAAACAACAAAGAAAAAAAGUUCUUAAAAAUUGUCUCUUUUAUUUUGUUUCUUCGUGAGUUCGAUGAAAUAAUUUACACACAACCAUCACCAUGGAAGUGAAUCUGCCCGCUGUCCCACAACCACCACCACCGAUAACCUUCAAAAUGAACCAGAGUAAAACCUGUGAACAGUUACACUUACCAUCAACCCAACCACCUCCAUCCUCAUCCUCAAUUCAACCAAUAACCCAAUCAUUUAGUUCAUUGAAUAACCAUUCUCAUCAUCAAUCCAAUCACCAUCACCACCACAACAAUCAUGUUGUCACCUUACCACCAUGUGAGCCCAAUGGUAAACGAGGAUUAUCAACAUCCUCAUCAUUAUCAAACGUAACAAUACCAACAACAACAACAACAGCCCAACAACAAUUACCCACCACCACCACUAACCCACCAUCAGCUGAAACCAAUGUCAAUGAUAAAUGUGAAAACAGUGGGUCACUCUGGCCAAUCAGUAAUAAUAAUAAUAAUAAUAAUAAUAAUAAUGUUAAUAGUUCAGUUAAUAAGGAUCACAAUAAUCAUCAUAAUCAUAAUAAUAUCAACAAUCAUGUUAACCUGAAAGGAUUAACCAAUGGGAGGAUUAGCCAUUCACCUAAGCUUGAUCCUUAUGGGAUGAGGCUUCCAUUAUCAACUAACGAAGCACUUCGCUAUUAUGGUUUACGUAUGAAUGCCUUUGAACGAGCUGAAGUUGUCCACUAUCCCGAAGUUUGGUACCUUGGCCUGGACGCGGCAAAAAUUGACGGCGAUGAAGCUUGCGGACAAAAUCAUGGUUACGAUGAUGAUAAUGGAUCUUACAUAAAGGUUCUUCAUGAUCAUAUUUUCUAUCGUUAUGAAAUUCUGGAGGUGAUCGGCAAAGGUUCAUUCGGACAAGUGAUCAAAGCUCUUGACCAUAAGACUGGUGAGCAUGUAGCACUCAAGAUAAUCCGGAACAAGAAAAGAUUUCAUCAACAAGCUCUGGUUGAAGUCAAAAUUCUCGAGCAUUUAGCCAAGAAGGAUAAAGAUGCCAUGCACAAUGUGAUUCACAUGUACGAUUAUUUUUACUUCCGCAAUCAUUUAUGUAUCACAUUUGAGCUUCUUGGAAUCAACUUGUACGAGCUAAUCAAGAGACACAAUUAUCAAGGAUUCUCCGUCAAUUUAAUCAGAAAGUUCACCCACUCAUUGAUUCAGUGUUUAUCGUUACUUUAUCGUGAAAAUAUAAUCCACUGUGAUCUAAAGCCUGAAAAUAUACUUUUAAGAGCCAAUUCUGGAGGUGCUAUCAAGGUGAUCGACUUUGGAUCGUCAUGUUUUUCACAUCAACGGGUUUACACUUAUAUUCAAUCUCGAUUUUAUCGAUCUCCAGAGGUUAUUCUUGGACUACCUUAUGGAACUCCAAUCGAUAUUUGGAGUCUCGGCUGUAUCUUGGCUGAACUUUACACGGGUUAUCCUCUUUUUCCUGGUGAAAAUGAAGCUGACCAGUUAUCAUGUAUCAUGGAGAUUCUCGGAGUUCCACCUUCAUCAGUAUUGGAAUCAGCAACUAGACGGAGACUAUUUUUCGAUUCUCGAGGUAACCCAAGGAAUACAACCAAUUCUCGUGGUAAGAAGCGGAAACCUGGUUCAAAGCCAUUAAGCCAAGCAAUUAAAUGUACCAACGAUGAUUUUGUUGAUUUCUUAAGUCGAUGUCUAGACUGGAGUCCUCAUCAUAGAAUAACACCAGAUGAAGCAUUGAAACAUCCAUGGUUAUCUGUGAUUCUUAAGAAUGAUAAACAAACCUCAGGGAGUAACGAUCGAUAUGGAAACACUGUUAACAAUAAGAACUCAGAGAAUCGUCGAGUCUCCGUUAAGCCGAUACAAAGUGUCACCUGUCGAGAGACUGAAACAGAACCAUUAUCGACUUCAACUGUAUAUCGAUUCUUCAAAAACACAAACACCAACACCAACACCAACACCACCAGUACCAAGAACACCAGCCCCUCGAAAACCCCUCGUAAAGAUUGGGUUUCCCUUUGAUUAUCGAACCGAUUGUUUUAAUUGUUUUAAAUUAAGAGACCAAUGAACAAAUUGAUUAUAUAUUUUUUUCUUGAUUAAUUAUGUAUUAAUUGUUUAAUGAGAAAGAUUAGAUUGACAGAGGUUAAUCUGAUUAAUUACAUAAUAUGAUUGAUUUACAAAUGAAAUUGUUUAAUUUACAAAUUUGUA